AUGGCAGUGGCGAAGGUAGUUCCCCUCCUUCGCAGCGAUAAGCCCGGCGCCCUUGCUCUCACGGGCCUCGCAGGCUGCGGCAAACGCCACGCGAUCGCAGAGGCAGCGCGCCAGGCGGGCGCGGCCGUCACUCACCACGACCUCACGCAAGGCGCCAUACAGUGGGGCAGGCUCAAUAGUCAGCAGCUGAUUUCGACGGGCCUCGUGCGCAGCGUCCACGUAAUCUCGAACGCAUCCGAGCACUUCUUGAAGGACUUCGCGUUCGUAAAGAGAACGCACGCGAAAAUCAUUCUGGUGGCAGACGACGCUGGCCCGAGCAUGAGAGCUAGCGGUGUGCCCGUCGCGCGAAUGCAGCCAAUGUCGGCCGACGCGAUGGCGAAGCAGCUGUUCCAUGAGGAUAGCUGGGACGCCGAGGCGGCUCUGCGGUGCGCGCAGGUGGCGCAGGGGGACUGGCGCAAGCUCCGCAGUACCGCCGAGAUCUUCCGCCACGGCAACGAACUCACAGCGGGCACGGACCUCGUCGAGAGCUCGCGCAAGGACGCCACGACGUCGGCCCUCCACCCGUCCCUCGCAGCAAAUCAGGUGCUCAACGGAACGGCGGACCCCGGCUGGGCCUUGGACCCCAUGGUCUUCGCCUUUUUGUGCGUGCUGGGAGGCCUCGCCGCCGCGUCCUUCGAUGGUGCGGAGCUUGAGCUGCGAAGGGCGAUGUCGGAGCUUUUGCUCCUCCUGGGCCAGCGCACUCGGGUGCAGCUGCUCCAAGAGCAGACAAGGCUGCGAGCAGUACGGGAUUACAGCGAAGUCAUUCACAAGAGCGCUCAAGCGCUCGGACUCGUGGCGGACGACCGGGAUGCCUACGCCUACUACCGCGUCGGAGAGGAGCUCGAUCUGGAUUGGGAUUUCAGCGACCCGGAGAAGACGUGCGACUUGGCCCGGUGGCUCGACCACAUUGCUUGCGCCCUUCGCAGCCGGCCGCGCCAACUGUUCAGCAGCGCCGCAUUUUCGUGUGCGAGCAAAGCCUUUGCAGAGCAGGCCGGAGCAAACAAGGAGCUCGAGACAAUGGUGCUGUGGCUCCGCGCUGUUUGGGGCUCUCUCCAGCACCACGAAGACCCUUUGCGCAACUGCGCUGAUUUGCUUGAUGCCGCCGGGGCAGUAGUCGAUUACCAGCUACUCUUUGGUGUGUCCAUGGAGGUUGCGGCGGUAUGCGGCGACGGCUCUGUGCUUCAAUCGCUCGCGUCCAGGCUGGGUGAGCUCGCUGACACCGUUGCCGAUGCAAGCGUGCCUCGAGAGCCUUAA